AUGGAGACGCUGGUGACCAAACGAACUGAGCCCACGGACGAGAGGGGAGAAGACGGGAUGUUGGCCAGAUCACCAGCACUGCCUUUGGUGACUGCUGAAACUCCUGCAUUUGGCUUCUUUAUUACAGCUCGCAAUGUCUCGAGUGCACCGGCUGUGAAGCUUUCAGAUAACAAUUGUGGAGGAAGAUUGAAUGUCCGGCAGCAAAACAUCGAGCUUGUGAAAAGCCGUCGGGAAUGGCGGACGCUAUCAGCCGACCAAGCACAAGCUUCUGUCGUGGAUGUCAAUGAGGAGUGCAAACAAGUCCUCACUUCAUUGGAUUUCUCCAGCGAAGACGCCGAGAAGAUGCUGAAUAAAGCGUUUGGAUGGAUCCACUCGCCGUAUUGGAGCGAAGAGAGAAAGAAGGAGGUUCCGAAUGCUGAGGUGGUAACUGGAGUGUUGAACUACAUCAGGAGCCUCGGGCUAUCGGACGAAGACCUUCACAAGUUGCUGAAGAAGUUUCCGGAGGUUCUUGGGUGUGACCUUGACAGCGAGGUGAAGCUGAAUGUGAGCAAGCUGGACAGUGACUGGGGAAUAAAUGGGAAGACUCUGCGGAGCCUUCUCCUGAGGAAUCCGAAAGUUUUGGGCUACAAUAUUGACUGCAGAGGGGAUUGCAUGGCCCAGUGCACCCGCUGUUGGGUUAGGUUCUAA